AAAAGUCAUCAAGAAAUACAUACAUGUAUAUGGCUUCAACAAAGAUGAACCAGAGAGCCAAGGCUGUGGCAGCAACAGUGGCAGCAUGGGUGGUUUGUUGGUGCCUCUUCACAGUGAGUGACGUAGGUAAUGCAGAGAGACUCCUCAAAUCAUCAACGGAUCAUCGGCCUCAGCAUUUCUCUGAGGAAGAAAUGAGAAGCGGAUUUGGGCUCAGGCUGAUUCAUUUCUUCUGGCAGAAUGCAAAAUCUUCUUAUGAACAUGUUUGGCCGGAGAUGGAGUUUGGCUGGAGACUAGUGGUAGGAUCGGUGGUUGGAUUCUUAGGUGCAGCUUUGGGGAGUGUUGGUGGCGUUGGAGGUGGUGGAAUUUUUGUUCCAAUGCUUUCUUUGAUCAUUGGCUUUGACCCCAAGUCUUCCACAGCCAUUUCGAAAUGUAUGAUCAUGGGUGCAGCAGGAUCAACAGUGUACUACAAUCUGAGACUUAGACACCCAACACUAGACAUGCCCCUCAUAGAUUAUGACCUAGCAAUGCUCUUUCAACCCAUGCUCAUGCUGGGUAUCAGCAUUGGAGUUGCCUUCAAUGUUAUAUUUGCUGAUUGGAUGGUCACUGUUCUGCUCAUCAUCCUUUUCAUAGGUACAUCAACUAAAGCAUUAUUCAAAGGCAUAGAGACAUGGAACAAAGAGACAAUGAACAAGGAAGCAGCCAAGCAGUUGGAAUCGGAAUCCAAACAAGUUGAUGACUCUGGAGAGGAAUACAAACCACUACCCAGUGGUCCAGCUGCUUCAGCAGAUGAGGUUUCCCUGCUAUACAACAUUCAAUGGAAAGAGUUAGGACUACUAGUGUUCGUUUGGGUAGCUUUCCUCGCAGUUCAGAUCAUGAAGACAUAUACAGUAACCUGCUCUGUCAAAUACUGGAUCAUGAACGCCUCACAGGUACCAAUUGCUGUCUCUGUUACGCUUUAUGAAGCCAUAAGCUUAUACAAAGGCACCAGGGUAAUUGCAUCCAAGGGAAAGGAAAUCACAAAUUGGAAGGCACACAUGCUUUUUCUUUACAGUUGCGUCGGAAUUAUAGCUGGCAUGGUGGGUGGAUUGCUUGGGCUUGGAGGAGGCUUCAUCUUGGGGCCUCUUUUCCUAGAAUUGGGAAUUCCUCCUCAGGUAGCAAGUGCAACAUCAACAUUUGCGAUGGUUUUCUCGUCUUCCAUGUCAGUUGUACAAUAUUACCUUCUGAAACGUUUCCCAGUCCCAUAUGCUGCUUAUUUUGUUUUAGUUGCUACAAUUUCCGCCUUUGUUGGUCAGCAUGUAGUGAGGAGGGUUAUAGCAAUACUUGGAAGGGCAUCCAUAAUCAUCUUCAUACUGGCUCUGACAAUCUUUGUGAGCGCGAUCAGUUUAGGUGGGGUGGGAAUAGCAAAUAUGAUAGAGAAACUGGAGAAUCAUGAAUAUAUGGGGUUCGAAAAUCUCUGUAACCAUUCUUAACUAUGCUUGGCACUACCAUGACUGGAAGUUCUCGGUUGAGAAUAACUAUAUCUACACUGCAUUUCUUUUUACAUAGUCAAGUAUUUGCCCAUUUGUUUAAGCAAAGAUUGCAAUUUUUUAAUGUUUAUGGUUGUCCAAUUCAUUGUACCCGUGUCUGCUAAAACAUCCAUAGCAGCGCUCCAUUAUAUUUUGGUGAAUCUCAUUGGUUACGUGAGAAAUUUGGCAA